AUGGAUGCUAAUGUAGUAGUUCUUGGGACAGACAGUGUUGGUAAAUCUGGUGAGACCAAAUCUCUCAUUAUUUAUAAUUUGUGCAAUGUAUUAAAGUCUACAGUGCAAUGGUCAGUGGACCAUUCUGGCAUUUCUAACUGGAUCCAUUCCUUUCCUCAACAUACUUAGUAGGAUGAUGAUGAUGAUGAUGAUGAUGAUGAUGAUGAUGAUUAUGAUAAUUGUUUCACAGCACUGACAGUCCGCUUUUUAAGUAGAAGAUUCAUUGGAGAAUAUGGGAAUAUUGGUAAGUUUUGUUUGUCAUCUCCAGAUAUUGUAAUAUCAAGCAACCAUUUAACUAUUGUAGGCCUAUACAGUACAACUAAAUUAAUAUUUGUCUGUUAAUUCCUUUCAGAAUCAAUCUACAGCCACAAUGUUAUCAUGGAUGGAAGGGACAUAACUUUUAACAUCUGGGAUUCGCCAUAUUGUCAGGUAUGACAAAAUGUUAACAUUUAAGCUGUUGUAAUGCAGGUUAGCUUUUUUCUUUAUGAAUCUUGUUCUAGAGGCAGCUCUGCAGAGUGGACAAUAGCGGUCAUAGCCACAAAGUCAUAAAAUCUGAAUUUAAACCUAACGCUAACCUUAACCCUAACCUUAAACACACUACUAACCCUAAUGCCUAACCCUAAACUUAAAUGAAGGUCAAAAAGCUAAUUUUUUUCAUGGAUUUUUACAAUAGAGCCAAAUUUGACUUUGCAGCUGACCUAUCUAAGGGGAAAUCACUCAGUUCUGCCUCAUGUCAAUACAUGUCAACCUGCUGUUAUAAUGUGCCAUCAUCUUGAUGUCUGAAACUGUAUUUCGCUUUUACAUGGCAUUGGGAAAAGCUAAUGUAUUCAGUCCUUUGAAAUGACUGCAAGAUUUGAGAAUAUUUGGCAUCUUAUACAGAGCACUUCAGUUAAUAAUAGGCUACUUUAUAAGUGCCUUUAUGGUAGACACAGAUUUAUGAUGCUGCCAUUUUCCCGUACUGCAGUGAGUAUUACUGCAAAGUAGCGCCUGGUUGUCUUUGGCAUGAAUGAGUCCCCUUUUACUAGCACCAUGCACGACCACAGUGACUGGACACAAUCGGCCCAGAGAAAUAGGACUUACAUGGACUGACUAACUUAUUCCAAGAUUGUUCCUUUCCCAAUACAAAACCUAUCACUGUUUGAUCCAAGCAAGCCUAUAUCAAUUGUAUAUAUCUUUUCACCUUUUCCAGGAACUGUCCAUGGAGACCUCUCCAUAUGAGAAGAGAGUCCAGUGGGCGGACGGUUUUGUCCUGGUCUACAGCAUCUGUGACAGGGCCAGCUUCAACUCUGUCACCAAGCUGAUCCAGUCCAUUAAGGACUACCCGGGCAUGGACAAGGUGCCCAUUGUGAUUGUGGGCAACAAGAGGGACCUGAAUCACAGACGGACAGUCCUCAGUGAGGAGGGCAGAAUGCUAGCCCUCACAACAGACUGCCAGUUCUAUGAGGUUUCAGCUGCUGAGAACUACCACAGUGUCCUCAUGGUGUUUCACGGACUAAUAGACAGGGUACGGGAGUCCAAGUCUGCCAUCAAGAAGCAAGCUGGAAUCAAGGGCAUUGUGAAAAGCAUGUCUGCAGUUUUUGCCAGGAGAAGGACGGAUUCG